AUGGGGGCCAUGGAAGUUCAAAACAUAUCCAGAGAAGUCAUCAAACCUUCCACUCCAACCCCACCACAUCUUCGAACACACAAACUCUCGAUCCUCGAUCAGAUUAACCCUCGCUCUUAUGUUCCGGUCGUUUACUUCUACCCCAAGGAAGCCUCCGAUUAUUGGUCUGUCGCAGAUAAAUCCAAUCAGCUCAAGAAAUCACUAUCCGAAACACUGUCCAAAUACUACCCUUUUGCCGGCAGGAUCAGAGACAGAUUCUCCAUCGACUGCAACGAUGAAGGAGUCGCAUUUGUUGAAACGCAAAUCAGAAACUUCAAGCUCUCUGACAUUCUUGAGAACCCGAAAGACGAGGACCUGGCGUUGUUAAUCUCCGAAGAUGUGGCGUGGAAUGAGGAUCCGGAUGUCAGUGUGAUCGUGGAUGUUCAAGUGAGCUUCUUUGAGUGCGGUGGAAUGGCACUUGGCAUUGGUAUGUCACACAAGAUAGCUGAUGCAUCCACCAUAAUCAAUUUCGUUAACGACUGGGCAGCUGUGGCUCGUGAUCAGUAUGUACCAUCCCCUGAGUUCGUCGCGGAAAAUAUAUUUCCCCAAGGUGACCUGCCACUGUUCCCAGAAGCUGUGCCCGAGAAAAGCGAUUGUGUCGCGAAAAGAUUUGUGUUUGAUGCCACAAAGAUUGCUGCCCUCAAAGCCUUAGUCGCGGAUAAAGUGCAAAACCCCACGAGGGUUGAAGUUGUCGCAGCAUUUAUUUAUAGCUGCACAAUUUCUGCGCUAAGAUUGACUUCAGGGUCUUCCUCAAACCCGACUGUUCUCACUCAAUCAGUGAACCUGCGCACUAGAAUGGUUCCUCCGGUACCGCAAAACUCUGUAGGUUGCAUGGUUUGGAUAUAUACAGUGUCCACAGCUGAGGACAGCGUGAUUGAGUUGCAUGACCUGGUGGCUCAGCUGAAGCAGAAUAUGACCCGAUUUUGUGAUUCAUAUGCUCAAAAGUUUCGCGGGAAAGAUCAAUGGCCGGUGAUCUUCCAAGAGUGUUUGCAAGAAUCAAUGGUUGAAUUUUCGAGACCAAAUUUGGUGAUGUAUAAAUGUACAAGCUGGUGCAGGUUCCCAAUGUAUGAAGUUGACUUUGGUUGGGGAAAGCCAAUUUGGAUCACCGUUCCUAGCUGCACGACUAAGGACUGCUUUAUUCUGAUUGAUACGAAAAAUGGAGAAGGGAUUGAAGCAUAUGUGAAUUUGGAAAAGCAGCAACUGGAUGUGUUUGAGCGCGACGAGGAGCUUCUUGCAUUUGCUUCUUUGAAUCCAAGCAUUUCAGACUCCGUUUGA